AUGGCGCUGAAGCGUCUAAGGACGGCAGAUCAGCUUCGCAAGAUGCGGGAAAACUUCCAAGCUGGGGGAGAGGCGACGGUCUGCAGAGGAGAUUUCCAGGAAGCAAACGACAUGUGCGAGGAGCGAAUGGCGGACAUGGAAAAGGAGUGGUGCUCGACUCAGCAGCUCCUGAUCAAAGGAUCACUCGGAUUUUGCAUCUACCAUCAUUCCCGAUCCAUUCUCCGAGGCAUGCUCAGUGCAAGGCGAUGUCAGAAGCUGUCCGCUUCUGAGGUCAGCAUGCCUGAGGGGUGCAUGAUAAGAAUACAGACUCCACCUGAGGAGGAGAAGAAGAAGGAAGUUCUUCCGCAAAGCAUUGACAUUCACACCUUGAAGCAUGUGCUGGAGUACGCGCAGGAGUGCAAGCGCGAAGGCAACCUCAAGUUCCAGGAGGGCCUCUACGAGGAGGCCUUGUAUAUCUACUCACAAGCCGAUGAUGCCAUGAAGAAGUGGAAGGUGGCCAAACAUCUAAAGAACGAGGAGAAGUGGUUGAAAGACUACCAUUUGGCUUGCCUCAAGAACAAAGCGCAAGCAGCUUUAAAGCUGGAGCUCUUUCAGACCGCGCUGGAGGCCUCUGACGCGGCGCUAAGCAUCGACACGGAGGACCACAAAGCGUGGUACAGGAAAGUGCAAGCGGAGAAGGGCCUUGGCAGAUUCAAGGAGGCCGAGGAGUCGCUGGCAAAGCUAGAGGAUGUGGCCCAGUGGUGCCCCGACAGACGGCGCAUCCUGCGAGAUUGCGAGGCAGAGAGAAAGAGGAUCAAGGUGGCGCGAGUCAAGCAUCGACAAUCGACCCAAGAAAUGUUGGGUCGAGCCUUCGAGGCGGGAGUCUUCAGCAUUGACAGAGAUCGCGAGUUGGAGGAGGCUGCGAAGAAGUUGGAGGAGCCACCCGCGCAGAUGCAGGUCUCCACGGAGCAGAGGAAGAGCUUGGAGGCGCAGGCGCGACCGCUCGAACGCAAGAUCCAGCUGACUGCCGCACUGGUGCGCCUCUUAAGCAGCUGCCAGUACGGGACGUACCAUGGCUUCCGGAUGGAGCCGGCACCUACAUGGAAUGGUGAGAACCCCGAUUCCGAGUACAGGCUAUCUUCGGCGGGUAGAGGAGGCCUGACCAGUGACCAAACAAUCUCCGGCUUCGUCGCCUCCAAGAAAGCGGUUUUCAGCGAGCUGAAGCGCCAAGGCCUUGACUUGUUGGAGAUGUAUUUGAUGUUCAGAGGCAACGAUACGGGACAUCCCUCUGGCUACAACGAUGAGGAUGAUGAUGACGGGCCGGAGUAUCGGUACGAUCCGGAGACCGGAGAGACAUAUUUCCUUGACAAGCAGGAUGUGUUUGAGGACCUGCUUGAAAUGGGCGAGCAGGGCGCUAAUGAAAGGUUGAAAGGAAAGGGCAAGUUCAAGAGCAAGGGAAGCGGCUAUGGCCAUGUGAAAGGCAAGGACCAGACGCCAUCAAUGCAAGCAAAUCGGGCGUUGAUCCACGGAGCACCCGCAGAGGAGACGACAGACUCCAUCGCCAAACGGAACUUCGUCACCCACUUUCUUCAGCCCACAUGGGCAGUUGGGAAGGACCAGGUGGAGCAGAUUGUGUGGACAAUACAUGUCGUUUGCGAGAGAGAGAGUGAGAGAGAGAAAUGUCCAAGUCCAGCAGCUACUUGA